GGGAUUGGUUGGAGAUUGACAUCCUUGACGAAAAAAAUCUUUCACGCUGUUUCGUCUAAACGGCUAUUCGAGACUUUGACUCACCUCGCAGCGACGCUAGCUCUACUCCUACGGAAUAUCUAAAGCGUAUGCGAACACAACCGGAUAAGGAAGAAAGCAUGGGAAUAGCAGUUGGUGUAAGCCACCUCUCCUCACGAGCUGUGGCUUUGGGGGCUCGAGCCCAACAACAGCAGACCCGGGCUUAUCCGAAGGGUACUGGCGGCAGCGGCGGCCAGCAGGAGCUGAUCCGCUCGGGCGUCGUGCGCGCGAUACCGCCCCGAGACGCGGCUUCGGCGCUGCAAGCCCAAGGGUUCCGCCUGCUGGACGUCCGGCCGGCAUGGGAGUGGGAGAAGGCACGCGUCGUGGGCUCCCUUCACGUGCCCGUCUUCGUGGAGGACACCGACGGCGGCCCCAUCACCCUCCUCAAGAAGUGGGUCCACUUCGGCUACGUUGGGCUGUGGACCGGUCAGUGCCUCACGACCAUCAACGAGCGCUUCCUCCCUCAGGUGGAGGAGGUGGUUCCCGACAAAGAGGAUAAGCUACUUGUGGCCUGUGGUGAAGGACUCAGGUCUAUGAUUGCGGUGAGGAUAUUGCACGAGGGAGGGUAUAAGAACUUGGGAUGGUUGGCUGGAGGGUUCAAUAGAUCAGGAGAUGGUGAUUUCGCUGAGAUGGAGGGAAGCACCAAGCUACAGUAUGCUACUGUAGGUGGGGUGUCCUACUUUUUCCUCCAGUUGCUUCUGUUCUUGCAAGUCUUGGGCAAGGGGAAUUGAUGUGGGGAUGAUUGCUUCUGUUGUUGGUAGCCUUGUUUAAUUUUCACAGUCGUGUGGGGAACCGACAAUGUAAUUGUUGUUAUUUUCUGCAAUGCUGUAUCUUGCAACGCAUGAGAUGCUCUGUAAUUGAAAGGUGCUUCAACUUUUAUUCUUUUCCGUGAA